CUAAACCGCUCGCCUGUUGCCAACAGCGGCUCGCGCGAUGGAAGGCAGAUGCGCCGCCCGAGAGCAUGACUAAGCUAGUACCUCUUACCUUGUAUAAAGUGAGCUUCAGCAGCUGUGUCUUGCGCCGUACUACCAAGAACAUCUCAACUCAGCCAUACUCACUACUCCUCUUCAUACACGCAGUCUAUCUGCCUCUCACAACGGCACACUACAACAUGGCGCUCUCCAAGCUAGGCCUUGCAGUCCUCCCUGCUCUGGUGACCCUGGUCAGAAGCAGUCCAGUGGCAAGCCCCGAAAGUACCGCUUCCCUCGCCCAUCCUCGCGCAGUUCAUCUCGAUACCUUUGGAACGUUCCAGGACGGUACCUACCAGAUGACAUAUGAGCCGGACGGCACAUCUUCUGUCGUCAUCGUCAACAGCACCGUACCUCUUACGGGUCAGCCCGUCAAGCGCUCCGCCAGCCCUCUAGUGCCACGCGCCUGCGGCAUGGGCGUUGGCUGCGACGGCAUCGCGCUGAAUCACGGGGACUGCGACCGUGCCGUGGAAGGACUGAAAGCGCAAUGCGGCGGCAGCGGGAACAAACUCAGUUACAUAGGUUCUAUCUAUACAAUUGUGGGCGACACGGUGGCCUUUUACUGUCAGUGGGAUACUCAGGAUUCUAAGGAGCCUCGUUGUGUGGCCGACUCAGACACGAAUGCGAAUCUGCUAAUCACGGACUGCUGCGGACUGUAUGGCGCAGGGAGUUUUAGCGAUGUACCAAAUAAGCUUGUGCAGUCUGCAAGAACGUAUAGUUAUGGGUACACGACCGUGGAGCAUGGAUGGUGUGUUGGUGAUCGUUAGCAGGCAAAGGAACAAGCUUAGGUGUUGAUAGAAACGAAAUGCCG